AUGGGGGGCAGGCCCAAGCCCAGCGAAGGCUAUGGGCUCUGUUGGAAGCCGGGGAGGUCCCCCGCUUUUAUCGUGGCCUGUGUUGAAGAACGGGCUGUGCGGAAAGGCAUCCGAGUCUUCAGUCCCCCUCCCGUUUGUCUCUGGUUUAUUUUGUUGCUCUUACUGUCAGUGCUGGAGGAAUUACGUCCUGCCGCUGCUUUUUCUCUGAAGGGGCCCCUCUACACCACAGCCAUUCCCUCGCGUCCCAGUUGCGGUGGCCCCAGAUGCCUGACUGUGUGCCCACAAGGCAACAGCCGCCAGGGGCUGGCACACGAACGAUGCGCCUCUCGGCUGCUGCAUCAGAGUAUAACUAGGAAAGGGUGUCCUUCAGGGAGAGACGGAGGAGGCAUGAAUACACCCGAAGGCGCCACUCAAGGGGAUCUCCGCCGUCGCCUUCCGGCCUCUGCUGCUGCAGCCGAAGGCCCUGAGCGCGCAUUGGACAGACAGCCCAGCGAGUCUCACAACCCAGCGAGCCCUUCGAGGGCUGAGGUUCAGUCGUUCUUCUCCUUUCUGUUGGCAUCCAUCUCUCUCUCGCAGCAGCAGCGACAGCAGCAGCAGCGGGCCCUGCCAAGUCUCUCAGAAGCUGUGGAUGGCGUCUUGUUCCUGGCGGCAUGUGCGGUGUCUCCCCACUGGGUCUUAAGUGUUUCACCUUCAGGACAGAGGCCAGCUGGGAUGCAUCAAGGAUACCCAGGGGCUGCGAGCGGAAGGAGCAGCGCACAGCAGCAACAGCAGCAUGACUGGCUGCUGCUGUGCAGCCCCUCUCCUAAUGCACAUCCGCCCGAAACCUUGCCUGUGCGGGCCGUCUCUGCAUUCAUCAUUUCCCUGCGACAACUGCUCCCCAGAUUGCCACAGUCCGCUAUUACGCGACUUAUUGCUCCUCUUUUUGCCCUGGGUCGUUCAAUAGGUUUGGGGCCUCAUGCCCCUGAAGAGGUGCCUGAAGACGUGCGAGCUUUGGCAGAGGCUUUGCGGCUUCUGCUGCAUGGGGUGCUGCAGCGAGCUACAGCAGAGGCCCCAACGCUGCCUCCUGCGGAUACGGUGCAGAGAGUUUCGACUGUCUGCAGCGCACUGACUGACUGGAACAAAAGACUCUCCUCCACUCAUGCUAGCAGGUUGGUGCCGUUGCUACUGUUGGGAGCUCCUCGCAACGUAGAGGGCUUUAUCCAGGAGGAAGACCUCUUUGAUGUACCGACCUCGGGGGACCCUGGCGGCCCCGCGGCUGCUGCACUCGCUGUGGCACUGCACCGUAGCGGGGCCCCUUUGCUGCCUUGGGAUAUCUUGCAGGCGACCACCAGCAUGAUAGAAGCCUCUGCGGCAGCAGCAUGCCACAGGCUUCAAGGCGUUGGUGCAUCUACUCAGCGCAUGCAGGGAAUUGUCGAGGCCCCUGUCCGCCUGCACCAGCGGAGAGACGGCUCACAAGAGGCCCUUCCACAGCAGCAGCAGGAGCAGCACCCAUUGAAAAGCGGGGCGUUGCUACCAAUGAAAACAGCUGCUGAAGAGCUGCGACAGCUGGUGACAGCGAGGUCCUCCUGGUUGCCUGUAUAUUACCUGUUGAUGCGUUUAAGUGGGGGUAUUUGGCUGCCGGCAGUGCAGCAGCUGGCGGAAGCUGCCGCUGCUCAAGGGACUCGUUUGAUAGAGCUCUUCAUCUCUCAGCAACAAAAGCAGCGAGGCCACGGGGAAGCCGAAGAGACGCCAACUGCUGCCUGGGCUGCCGUCGGGCGGAUGCUGCACGUGGAGAUGCAGCAACUCUCUAUUUCGUUGGCACGGCUCCACUCCCUUAGGCCGCUGAGAGGCAUGGGACAUUUCGCUGCUGCUGCAGUGGCGUUCGAUCGAUUCCUUCACGAGCAGCAUGUGUCGUCCUCACCAGGUAGAGGGCUACCGGCAGCAGCAGGAACUUCCGGUGAAGCUGGUUUGGCGCCUUUGAAGCCCCUGCUUCACACCUGCGAGCCCCCGCGGGACCUGAAGGAGGCCGAGAAGAGAAUCCGCUUCUUCUGUUCGCUUGUCACCCUUGGGGCUACGGAUCCUUCUUUGGUCCCAGGUGUUGCUGCCUGCCUUCCCUCAGACGCCCAAAUCAACUCCUUGGCUGUUACAAGCACCCAGCAGCCGACGCCGAAACAGCAGCUCAGCAACUCUCGAGGAGCAGCAGCGGCAACGUGCGCGCAGCAUCUUCCCCUCAAGCUGCUUCAGCGCCUGUUAUUUGCAUGCAGUUGGAUCGGCGAGUGGCCCCUGGUAGUCAUGGGCCUCAAGCUCCUCCGUCACCGUCUCGACACGCUUACGCUGCAGCGCCUGCUGGGUGCCAGCACGGCUGCAUCCAGCGGUGCAGGGAGCAGGAACACUGAGCAAGCUUCAAGCAAAGGAGCAGCAGAAGACGAUGCCGACGAAAGGCACACCGCUGAACUUGUGGGGAAGACGCUGGCACUGCUGCAGAAAAACUCGAGCGCGAAGUGGCGCGUGCUCAAAGGCGGAAGACUCUCUCGGUUUUCUGCCUUGGCCUCUUCACCUCGUUCUCAAGGAGAAGCCACGCAGCUUCAGGAUGCCCUGUGCAGCCUCGCCUCAGCAGCUACUCUAUGGGCAGCAGUCAGCGGCUUCGAAGGGCAACGACCUGAGGACAUCGCUCUUCUUACCUUUUCCCUGAUACCCUUUUGGAUCCAGGAGACUUCUGAAGGGGCUGCUCCAGUGCACACGCAGCAGCAGAUCCAAACGAUCCGUGCUGCGGCAGCAGUGGCUGCUGCUGCCACCGCCGAAGGUGACAAGGACAAACAAGCGCUGCAGCAGCAGCACCGUCAACGUCUGCAGGAAAGACUGAAUAUCGCAGCGUUGAUUGGGAGCUUGAAAGGAUUUCACACGUUCUCUUCGGCUUCGGGCAUAUCUACAGCCCGAUAUGUGGACUCCUCAGCUGUGGAAUUUUAUCUGUCAGAGUUGCGCGAAAAGAGGAGUCCUGGCUUCACAGCGUGGCCGUCCCCCCUUCUGUUUCUCUUGGCAUACAACAUCCUCCGUCUCCGCCGCAGCAAGGGAAAGGAUACUUUCCGAGGGUCCUCCGACGCAACCACAAACACAGCAACAGCAUCGCCAGAUGCAGUUCCGGUUCCGGGGCGCUUGAUUGGCGCUGCUGGUGUAGCCCAACAGCAGCCACAGCAACUCAGCAGCGAAGCUGAGGCAGCGGCUGCCCAGCUGCUGCUUGGCGUGGUCGCUGCGAUUGAAGAAAGCGUAUCAUUUCCGGAUGCAGUCAACGCUUGGUACCGUGAGGGGGGCCCUGGGGGCCCUGCUGGCGGCUCUGCUAAGAAGGCAACUUCCCCUGGAAAUACGGCUCAGCCGUGGACUGCUGCUUCAGUUGCAGCGACUCCCGAGGGUACGCUUGCACCGGGGCAAGGUGAAAUUCGUCGGGCCGGAAUGCGAGAGGUGGGAUCCUUCUUAUGGGCUUUGAAUCGCGCCGAAGGGGGCCUGGGCGCCCCUGAAGCCAAGGAUACCGCUGCUUUGCUCUCUGCUGCUGCUGUCGCUGCAUCGGAAACGCCGCCGUCGCCCUUCGGGAACAUUGAGCGGCACGCGAAAGUGUUAAAUCUGCAGCAAGCAGCACGCCUUGCAGCCCACAACAUCAGGCGGCCUGGUGGCUUUGCUGAUAAGCUGGCGCUGUACUGUGAGGCGGCGAUACGAGCAGCUAAUGACUGUCUCCUCCAACCCGGAGGGCUACUACGAACAUCUACGGCGUGCCCAUCGGAUACGGGGAAGGGCACGCAACCGAGAUCUUUUGGCGCGCUUGCUGCUGCUGCUGCUUCUGGGGUAAAUGCAGUAGCUGCAAGCGGAGAGGCACUCGGGGGGGACUACCGCCCUCAAACUGUCCUAGCUAGUCUGAGGAAGUAUUGUGUGAAUAUCCCUACAAUCUGCAAAUCCCCUAUGUCGUUGCGGCGGCAGGAAAGACCCCCUAUGAGUUGGGUCUCUACUGCUGGCGUGUCCCUCGGGCUAUUGCUCAACUUCUUCUCCUCCUGCAGGACGGAGGCACGUUUCCAUAUCUUGUCUGGAAUCAUGCAUGCCCCACUUUUAGCAGCGGAAUGUGGGCUGCUACAACUGUUUCAUUUGCUGCGGCCGCUGGCUGCUACCGCCCGCACAGGCCUAGCUGAGUCAGAAGUGCUCGAUUCUGAAAAAGGGGAUCUGGAUCAUUUCGACGAUUCUCUUCGAUCUGCAGCAGGCGCCUGCGACCCAUCGACGCUGCAUUCACCAACGGCUGUGCAGCAGCUGGCUGACCCGACCAAUAGCAGCUGCGGUAGUAGCAUGCUGCGUUUACUGCAAGGCGCUGGCGCGUUCCUCUUCGCUGUGGCUGCGGCACUGCUACGGCACGCCCAAAGCAUUUCAGCCCUUCCGUCAGACUCGCCGAGAACUGCAGCACAACUGCAGCUGCUGCUUUUAGCGUCUAGCGAUUUCGCAACUCUGCUGCACGCACACUGCAGCUUCACAGCAGCAGGAGCAGCAGCGACCCAAGAGAAGGCCCAAGGGGCAGGCAAUUUUCCGAAGAUCUCUGUGGUGACAGCGUCUGCGGAAUUUCGGUGUGUGCUACAGGAGCUGCUUUCGAUAUUCAGCAGCCUUGUAGUUCGCCAUGCGCCGCAGAUUCGCGAAUCUUUAGCGCUGCUAGCUGCAGCAGCAGAAGCCCUUAGCCUUUGCGGAAGAUAUGUUCCCCUUCCCUCGGGCUCGAAGAAGGCUCUCGAGGCCUUCGCGUCUGCUGCCAUAGCAGCCCUCCGUCAGCCAACUCCCUACCAGGCAGGCCAGCGGGGGGCCCCCGGGACACCGUCCUCUCAGGUACAGCGAGGCGGCGGCGCUGAGGAACUCAGGAGGCUCGCCACAGCCUUGGAGGCACUCAAAUUUGUUCAACUGAAGUAA